CCUGCAGACAAUCAGUCCUGAGAGCUCCAGGUUCUGGGGACGAAAAUAAAAAGUGCUACCCUGCCUCACUUUACUGUUUCCAUCCGGGUUCUGCGUCUGGGCGCCUGACUCAGGUGCCAGCUGCACCCCUGCCUGGGCGUUGCCUGGGAACCGCGCCGCCGCAGUACAGCUAGGACCCUGUGCAGGCACCCGCGGGACACACUCCCUGCUCCUACGUGUUCCUGGCUCAGGCCUUGCGAUCCGGCACCCAGGCUGCACCAUGGGGAAUCUACCAUCUGCUGCGAAGCACUGCCUCAGCUACCAGCAGCUUCUCCGCGAACAUCUGUGGAGCGGAGAGUCAGUGGCAGAGGCGCUGGAUCCGGCGCAGGAAGUGUCCCAGUUGUCUGGACUCCCUGAGUAUGUGAAAAUAGUAGAAGUUGGACCUAGGGAUGGAUUACAGAAUGAAAAGGUUAUAAUUCCUACAGAUAUAAAAAUUGAAUUCAUCAAUCAACUUUCUCAAACUGGCUUGUCUGUAAUAGAGGUAACAAGCUUUGUGUCCUCCAAAUGGGUACCACAGAUGGCUGAUCACACUGAAGUGAUGAGAGGCAUCCACAAGUAUCCAGGGGUUCGCUAUCCUGUCCUUAUACCUAAUCUUCAGGGUUUCCACCAUGCUGUUGCUGCUGGAGCCACUGAGAUAGCAGUUUUUGGUGCUGCUUCUGAAUCUUUCAUCAAGAAGAAUAUUAACUGUUCCAUUGAAGAAAGUAUGAGAAGGUUUGAGGAGGUUAUCAGCUCCGCAAGGCACAUGGACAUCCCAGUACGAGGAUAUGUGUCCUGUGCCCUGGGCUGUCCAUACGAAGGAAGCAUCAUGCCACAAAAAGUCGCAGAAGUCUCAAAGAGAUUGUAUGCUAUGGGCUGCUAUGAGAUAUCAUUGGGAGACACAAUUGGAGUGGGCACUCCAGGCAGCAUGAAGAUGAUGUUGGAAAGUGUCAUGAAAGAAAUCCCUCCAGGAGCUCUCGCUGUUCAUUGCCAUGACACAUAUGGACAAGCCCUUGCAAACAUCCUAACAGCUCUUCAGAUGGGGGUUAAUGUGGUGGACUCUGCUGUCUCCGGGUUAGGUGGCUGUCCUUAUGCAAAAGGUGCUUCAGGGAAUGUAGCCACUGAGGAUUUGGUAUACAUGCUUAACGGCAUGGGGCUCAAUACAGGAGUGAAUCUCUACAAAGUGAUGGAAGCUGGUGACUUUAUAUGCAAGGCAGUGAAUAAAACAACAAACUCUAAAGUUGCACAAGCUGCCUUCAAAGCUCGACUUGAAUGAAUUUGGGAUUUAAGAGUUAAAAGUUCCUUUUCAGUCCCAAUUCAUUGCAGAAUCAUUAAUGCCAACUCAUUCUGAAGUGCAAGGUAAUUUUAAAAGGGCUGGGAAAGA